UGAGUAGGCAAGUUGAUGUUUUAUUUUCUAUUAAAGUGUGUUUGACGUGCUUCAAAAAAUAUGUGCAGCAUCCUCACGAGAUGCCCUACCCUCCGCCUAGUAAUUUGGAGGAUUUUAUUAGAGUUGAAGAUUCAUUCCGGAUGCCACCUUAUAAUCAGUACCAGUCGUCAAGUAAUCUGGAAGACUUGGGGCAAGAAACGCCUCCUGCGUCAAUGACACCAAAUAGUGUAGAAGCUGAAUUUGAAGAAAAUGUUGGAAGUUGUCAUGAUGCUGAUGGUAUUAUACUAUGACGGGCUAUGUAUUUAGUGACGCUAAUAUCCAAUUGAUGCUAAUUCAUUCUUAUGUUUCCAUUCAUAGAAAUGUUCUUUGACAUAAAUGAAGAUUUAGAGGGUAGUACUGUUGUCCCGGAUGAUGAGGUACAAGUUGAACCACCAAGACCCGGUAUGGAGUUUGACAGUGAGAAAGAGCUUAUUGCCUACUAUAAGCAGUAUGCCAAGCAAGAGGGUUUUGGCAUAAGGACACAGAGGACUAAAAGAGAUGAUGAUGGGAGGCCUGUGUAUCUGACUAUUGGUUGUGCCCGUGGCGGAAAGUACUAUCCGAAGCCAAACACUAAUAUCUCGAAGCCAAGGGCAACAACUAAAACGGGUUGUAAGGUGAAGGUAAAUGCAACGUUGAACUGUCAUGAGAAAUGGGUUUUCACUACUAUUGAAAAUUCUCAUAACCAUAUUACUUUGAGCCCCAAGAAAAGUAGACUAUUGCGAUCGCACAAGCAUCUAGAUGAAUAUAGUCAAAGGAUCCUCGAGCUGAAUGAUAGAGCCGGUAUACGAAUGCACAAGAACUUUUAUUCUCUUGUUGUUGAUGCGGGGGGUUAUGAGAAUUUGGCUUUUCAAGAGAAAGAUUGUAGGAAUUAUAUUGACAAAGCUAGAUUUUUAAGGUUGGGUAAAGGAGGUAGCGAUGCACUUAAUGAGUAUUUCAAAAGAAUGAGAGAUCAGAAUGAUGGCUUUGUUUCUUACAUGGAUGUGGAUGAUGAUGGAAGGCUACGGAAUGUGUUUUGGGCUGAUGCACGGAGUCGAGCCGCCUAUGAGUAUUUUGGAGACGUUGUAUCCUUCGAUACAACAUACCUAACAAAUAGGUACGGUAUGCCUUUUGCUCCAUUCGUUGGUGUUAACCAUCAUGGUCAGUCCAUAUUAUUCGGGGCGGGAUUGCUAUCAAGCGAGGACACACAUAGUUUUGUUUGGUUGUUUAAAAUGUGGUUGGAUUGCAUGAAGGGUAGGGCGCCCAAAGCUAUCAUAACCGACCAAGAUCGAGCGAUGAAGAAUGCGAUUGCUACUGUAUUCCCUGAAACUCGCCAUAGAUAUUGUUUAUGGCAUAUAAUGCGCAAACUUCCAGAGAAGUUAGGAUCGCACGCCAACUUCAACUAUGGGUUGAAAACUGACAUUCAGUCUGCAUUAUAUGAUUCACAAACCACCACAGAAUUUGAGGAGAGCUGGGGUCAACUACUUGCAAAGUACGAUCUGCUCGACAACAAUUGGCUUCAGUCCUUAUAUGAGGAAAGGUCCUUUUGGGUUCCAGUUUUCCUCAAGAGUGUAUUUUGGGCUGGUAUGAGCACAACGCAAAGGUCGGAAAGUAUGAAUGCAUUUUUUGACGGGUAUGUCCAUGCUGGGACGACAUUGAAGGAAUUUGUUGACCAAUUCGAUAAUGCUCUUAGAAAGAAAGUGGAGGUCGAGACAACUGCUGAUUUCAAUUGUAGCAACCAAACUAUCCCCUGCGUCUCCCCUUUCAACAUUGAGAAGCAAUUUCAAAAGGUCUAUACAAAUGCAAAGUUUAAGGAGGUCCAAAGAGAGUUGAUGGGCCUAAUGUGUUGUAAUUGUUGGUUGGUAAGCACACAAGGUUGCAUUUUAACAUUUGAUGUGUUGGAUGAAAUAUCGUUUGAUGAGCAAACCAAAAGAGUUCAUUACUCAGUUUACUAUAAUGAAGAUGAGUGUGAAGUAAAAUGCACUUGUGGAUUGUUUGAGAUAAGGGGGAUUUUAUGUAGGCAUGCACUUAGAGUUUGUCAGUUGAAAAAUAUUAAUGAGCUGCCAGAUGUAUACUUCUUAGAUCGAUGGAGAAAGGACUUAAAAAGGCAUUACACAUUAAUUAGAAGUAGUUAUGAUGACGUGCGGGGUAGAUCAGACACACGUAAUUACGAGCUUAUGAUCCAAAGAUGUUCGAAAUUAGCAGCAAAAAUAUCCUCAAACAAUGACAAAGUCCAUGCAUUUCUGCACUAUGUUGACGAGUUUGAUAAAACAUGUGAAGGUUCAACGUGUGAGUCGACAGUACGCAUGUCUCAGGCCAACCCAACGGUGGAGAAAGAUAAGGGUAAACAGAUUUUAAGCCCUAACGUCGUUCGAGGGAAAGGGAGACCUCCAAAUAAGAGAAAGGUGCCUCCCGUGGAGAAGAUUGCAACAAAGAGAAAAAAACUGAUAUUUGCAUGUGAUCAUAACCUUGAUAACAGAUUCCUUCCAUUUGCAGGAACUGGUGAAAGCUCCUGCAUUCUUGAAGGGUGCCAGUGGAUGGAGGCUACUGGCACACCUCAUUUUCUAGAAUGCACAAGAAUGUUGGCUACUGUGUCUAGGCUGAAAGCACAAUUUCUAGCAAUUGUGAGUCACAGUGUUGAAAUAGAUGCUGCUGGUAUUGGUGUAGAUCAGAAUGAUCUUUAG